ACAUCAAGAUUACCGUACCAAGACAGGAAAACGAAAUAUUCGAAUAAAUUAUGAACAUAACAUAUGACCAGUCUCACCAGAUUUAAGAUUUAAUUUCACAGUCGUAAAAUCUCGAAAAUAUUUGAAUAAUCGUUAGACUUUUGAGCUGAAUUUCACUUUGAAGGACAUCAAAUGGAUUUCUACACCGUGACAGGGCAAUAUCAGUUUUAUACCCAAGGCAGUUUAUAGAUCAGUACUAACCAUGAACCAAGGUUUACAGCGCUGGAUAACUUUUCUAGGUCUCAUGGCCGUUUCUCUUAUAACAGAAGCAAGCUUAGGGGAGUGGGGUGAGUGGAGUGUUUGUUCUCGGAGCUGUGGUGGAGGAACUCAGACAAGGAAUCGCACAUGUGCUGGGUGUGUUGAAACAAGAACAUGUAACGAAGAUCGUACUUGUAGAAUAGGCACAACAGCGAUGAUCGGGGUAGCUGUGGGAGUCAGUAUCAGCAUCUCUACAAUCAUUAUUGUCGUCCUUGUUGGUAUUUUCUUCGUUAAAGAGAAAAAUGAAAAGAAAAGAGCGAGAAGCACCUAUAAAAGUUCUCUGGUUGAGAGCACCCCGGGAGUAUCUCGCAGAACCCGCACCUGCACCGUUGACAGCAACCUCGACAUCAAGUUGAACGUGAUUCGUCAAGAUAAUGACUCCCAGGCCCAAAGAAGCAGAGUGUGCCUGGUAACGAGUACAUAACGAACAGCCUGGAAGCUCAUUGGUUACUUCGACCAGCCAAGACUGAAGCCAGAUGAUGAUGAUGAUGAUGAUGAUAUUCAAAUCACAUAUAAGAUGAUAUUGCAUUGCUCAUUGGAGACUAUGUAUGACUUAACAAGUUCGAAAUAAGCCUCACUUGGCCGAUGAAUGAGAACAAAAGAUAUGCUGUUGAGCCUAUUGUUUUACCGCAUCAUAGUGAGGCUUAGUAUUUAUUAUCUCGUAUUACUUAUGCAUUGGAUAUUAUAAUAAUUAUAUUUUAUGAAAUAAUUGUGAAACAUACAAAGUAUUUUAAGAUGAUGAUGGUGAUACAUCAUGGUGAAAAUUGACGAUGAUGACGAUCAAUGAUGGUGAUUAUAAUAAUGAUGGUGAUGGUGAUAAUGGUGAUGAAGAUGACGCAUGCUGGCGAUGACGAUGACGAUAAUAACGAUGAUUCUUUGAUGGUGAUAAUGAUAGUAUUAUGAGUUGUAAUAAUGAUUAAUUAUAAUAAUAUUAAUGAUAUUUAUUAAAAGAGGAUCGGCGUCAGAUAAACGCACUUGGCCCCCUGUGUUCAAUAUAUCUAAUGAUUCUAUGAUACGUGGACAUCUGAGCGACUGAUGUUUAGUCAGAUAAAAACAUGAUUGUAAACAAUAAAGUUAUAGAGCGCAUGCAGUAAAACCAUGAAAUAAAAACAAAGUUGAUACGGACAAAUAGUACUAUUUAGUAACUUUGUUUUUAUUUCAUGAUUUUACUGCAUGCCCUCUACUCGUUUUAAAAACUUGAAGAGUGUACAGAAUAUCGGGUUGGAAGAUAAUACUGAUAAAUAAACUUUAAUCGACUCAGCCUUCA